UAUGUACGAAGAAAGAGUUGCCAUAGCGACUAUAGAGUUUGAUCUCUUAAGAUAUAUUAUUGACUUUGAAUUUGCUUUAACGUAUAACAUAUUGCUUGACUGCAUUAAAGUUUCUUUUUCCCCAAUUAAGGGUAAAUCAUCAUCGAUAAGAGACGCUUUGAAUGCUUGGGAAAAAAAUCAUGACUUCAAAAAAGCAUCGGAAGCCGAAGAAAUCGGGUUAAUAGGACAAAUCCCACCAAUCGAAAGGAUGGAUGCUUCUCUCUCUACUUUAACAAAUUGCGUAAAGCUAUCCCUAUCAACAAAUAGCAUUGAAAAAAUUGCAAACUUAAACGGAUUAAAACAUCUAAAAAUUCUCUCGCUUGCAAGAAACAACAUAAAAAAUUUAACUGGAUUGGAAGCUGUUGGAGAUACUCUGGAGCAAUUGUGGAUAUCAUACAACCUUAUUGAAAAAUUAAAAGGUGUCAACGUUCUGAAGAAGUUGAAAGUUUUGUACCUGUCCAAUAACUCUGUAAAAGACUGGAAUGAAUUUGGAAAACUGACCGAUCUGCAAAACCUUCAAGAGCUGUUGAUGGUUAAUAACCCUUUGGAAGAGAAACACUCAGCAGAGGGUGAUUGGAGAGACCUUGUUGCAAACAAAUUACCAAGAUUGAAAAAAUUAGAUGGUGUACCGGUAAUUAGACCAGAUGAACCAGAAGAUUAG